AUGGAUUUAAUGCUUCGCUUCCUGCUGCUAUCAGUGUUUGCCCUGUUGAGUGUGGCUGUAAAAGCUACAGAGUUCCACCACACCAAGAUUUCAAGGACUGACACAAGUGGCUAUGGCGGAAGGCUACUGCGUACGGCCAGGAUGAGCGAUGAUGAAGCGAGGGGUGUAUUGAUACCCGGUCUCAAAAAUUGGCGAGUCACAUCUUGGAUUAAGAACGGCAAGUCUGACGACUACGUCAUGGACAAGCUAAAACUCACUGGGCUGAUAGGAAGAGCUCUGACAGAAGACCCGAACUUUAAGUACUUCCAGAAAUUUAAGGUCGAUGGUUGGCUCAAGAAAGGAGCUAGUACUACGACAGCCUGGGACGAUCUUGGCCUGAAUAGCAUCGCUCUUGGCGAAGUGACCAAGGUGGACACGUUCAGAAUAUAUCAGCAGUAUAUUACGGAGCUGAACAAGAAGGCAGAGAACAUUCCUUGGGACCGGUGGUCGAACCUUUUUGGUGGGGGAUCCGAAACAGAAUUGGCGAUCAAAGUUUCGAUGUUGGCAAAGUUGGGGAGAACAGAUAGUAUAGAUUUACAAUUAAUGGUUGAAAGUCGGGGGAUGAUCGCAUUCCUAAAAGCUGUCAAGAAACACGGAAAGAUUUUGGAUGAACGGGUUGAGAUGGACGUCGUCAAGGCCAUCGUAAAUCUUCAGUAG